AUGCCCGUUGAUGAUAAUCGUGAUGACAACAACGACUAUGAGACUACAAGAGAGCGAAUUAUAAAUACUUUUGCCGGAUUUUCCGGAAAUACUAAUAAUAUGAUAGGAUCCGGAGUUUUUUCGGCUCCAGGAAUUGUUUUACAAAAAGUUGGAUCCCCCUGGACUGCAAUUAUAUUAUGGAUUGUGGGAGCAAUAAUGAACGUUUGUGGCGCACUUACCUAUGUAGAAUUAGGAAACAUGAUUCAAGAAGGAGGGGGUGAAAUAGGUUAUUUACGUGAGGGAUUUCCUGUCCCAUAUAGACCCGUAACCACAGCGGCCGUGCUACAAGGAGCGACGAAUUUCUUCCUGUUCACGGUUAUUGAUUAUCCGGAAAAAUGUGAAUAUGAUGAAUAUUUCCAUCCGAAAGGAUGGUCACGAGAAUUCUUUAUAUCUAAAAUCAUUGGAUUAAUAUUAUUGGCUAUCGUGACUACAUCUAAAUUGAACACUGAAGAAAGUAUUUGGAGUAUGGGUUUUGAGAAACCUACACCCGCAAUAAUUGCGAGUGCUUUAGUACCGAUUAUCUUUGCCGGAAAUGGAUGGAAUAAUUUGAAUUUUGCUUUGGAUGAAUUUCAAAAUCCUGCGAGAAAUUUAGUUCAUAGCAGCUGUGCUAAUAUAUUGACAAAUGUGGCAUUAUUUUCUACCGUAAAAAAAAGUGAUGCUAUAAAAACCAGACAAAGCUUCAGUUUAUUUUUGGCGAGGUCUUUCGCCAAAGAAAUAGCGGACGAUAAGCUCGCACGUGCUUUAUCCUUUUUUGCCAUUAUCUCAGCACUCGGGGCGGUUUCCGCGUUUGUUUGGAGCAGUGGGUCACGUAUCAUUGUGGCCGCCUCAAGACUUAAUUACAUUCCAUUUUUAUCUGGAAAAUUUGUUAAAUGGAGUACUAAAUUUGAUACACCGCAUGCUGCGCUUUUAACGCAACGUAUUAGGAGGGAACCUCGGACUUUUAAAGUUUGGGUGAUUGUUCCAAUAACCUUUAUCUUAAUAUCUUUAUUUGUUCUAUCAUUUUCUGGAAUACAUGUUGUUCCAGUUAUAAGUAAUAAUGAUGGUGACUGUGGUUCAUCAUCCCACUCAAUAGCAGAAUAUUGGAAGAUCUUGGCAACUCUUUUAUGUCUGGUUAUAGGAGCCGUCUCAUGGAAUUUUUUAUAUUAUAUUCCAUGGAUAAAGAGAGGAGCAAAAAGACGAGAUAUUGAACUAAAUCAACUUGAUAAGGACCCCGAAAUAUUAUAA